AUGGCUCUCCGACCAUGGACUUUGCGUUUCCAAAACUGUCUUCCUUUCUCUCAAAAAUGGAUAUAUAGAUCGGUUCGAAGUUUGAGCGAGCAUACUAAGAACAUCCGUUACGAGAUCCGGCCCCUGAAGCGCGCCGACCUGCCUAGUUUGCACGCCCUCUUGGCCGAGAAUAAGUGGAAUAUGGAGAUGUCGUACCUGGAGUGUGUCUUCAACACCGACCCCUCAGGACUGACGGUCGUCGUCAAGGACAACGGAGAGCUCAUAGGUCAUAUCGGACUCCUUGCUCACGGCGACACCAUAGUGGGUGGCGGAUUGACCAUCAUAAAGGACGGGUAUCGUCAUUUAGGGAUUGGAAAACAUUUGUUUCAGGAACAAAUGAAAGCGAAGGGAGAUCGGAAUGGUUUCGGGAAUAUUUUAACCAAUCGGAUUUCGUUCUACGCCCCGUUCGGCUUAACUAUCAUGUCACACAUCUUCCAUUUCAACCAAGGACCUGUCGACCCAGAAUUCAUAGCAGACGUCCCAGAGGGAGACUUCGAGGUCGUCAGCGCACGUGACAUUAAGUUUGAUGACGUUAUUGCUUACGAUUCUGAAAUCCAUACGGUACCAAGACCAGUUUACAUCAGUAAUUGGGCCGAGCACCAGCUAGCCAACACUUACGUGGCCUUAAAGAGUGGACGUGUUGUUGGGUACGGAGUGGUACGUCCGUCUGAUGUAGGAUACAAGAUGCAUCCGCUCUAUGCGGAUGAUCCCAAGAUUGCCAAAGCUCUGUUCUGCAGACUCGCCUCGCAUAUUCCAACCGGACAGGUUAUGAACUUUUCUCAGCCUAUAGGAAAUGAGCAGGCCAAUGCAUUUGUAGUUGGUAACAAACUAACGUCGUACAUCUCCAUGACAAGAGUUUACGGCAAGUGGAACAUACCGGUGGACAUACAGAGGGUGUAUUCAGUUUCCACAACGGAGUUUUGCAUCAUUUAGAGAUAACAC